AUGUUUACUGAAUUUACACUAGCUAAACUAGAUGAUACAUUCGAAGAUUUCGAUAUACAGGGAAAACAAUCACAAGAUGUUGAACAUGUUCUAUGUGAAACAGAGAGUACACAAACAUUUACUCCUUCUACAGCUUUCGCACAAAUACAAGAGGUACUUGAACCAAUUGAGCAAUAUUUAAUAGCAGCACAUAUUGAUGGGUUGGACAGUUUCAACCACUGGGCUAGAAGCAUGUUUGAAUGGAGUAAGAAAAGAGAAUUUGUAAUUAAGCAGUAA